AUUAAAAGCUUAUUUUUGUUUAUUUUUGAAAAGAUUCGGCAAAAUAGUACCCAUAAUGGCAGACCGAACACUAUAGCAGUUCUUUUGAUAAACAAUCCGCAGCGGAGCUAGAGUGAGACCGCCUAGCCAUCACAAUGGUUGUACCAGCAGUUAAACACAAAAUAACCAAAAAAAGAACAAAGAAAUUUGUUCGUCAUCAAUCAGAACGCUAUGCAAAAUUAAAGCCAAACUGGAGAAAACCUAAAGGUAUUGAUAACAGAGUCAGGAGGCGUUACAAAGGACAGUAUUUAAUGCCAAGUAUUGGUUAUGGAAGUAAUGCUAAGACACGUCAUCUUAUGCCUGAUGGAUUUAAAAAAUUUGUCAUUCAUAACAUUAAGGAGCUUGAGCUUCUAAUGAUGCUUAAAGGUGUAUAUGCUGCAGAAAUAGCUAGCAACGUUUCUAGUCGCAAUAGAAAAGAAAUAGUAGAACGAGCUAAUCAACUAUCAAUUAAAGUCACUAAUGGCGCUGCUAAAUUGAGAAGUGAAGAAAAUGAGUAACAUAAAAAAAAUGAAAAAAAUGCUUGUUUCUGUCUCA